AUGAGCGUUCAUCUGAUGCUUCUGCUCUUCUUUCUGUUGCUUCGCUCUGCAGCGCUUACGGGAUCUGAACGCGUUUCUGAGGAGCACCAACUUGUCGAGGAAGGGUGCGUGUCGGGGCGCAGGACUGGGAGACUGUACUGUAGAGUUGGCAUAGGCUUCCACCUUCAGAUUCACCCCGAUGGAAAAGUCAACGGGAGUCACGAACCUAAUUGGUUAAGUGUGUUGGAGCUGUUUGCCGUGUCUCAAGGCGUCAUUGGAAUCAGAGGAGUUUUCAGCAACCGUUUUUUAGCCAUGAACAAGAGGGGGAGGCUUCAUGCGACCGAGAGUUUCACAGAUGACUGCAAGUUUAGGGAGCGAUUUCAAGAAAACAGCUACAACACAUAUGCCUCAGUGAUCCACAAGAACCACCGCACUGGUAGAGAAUGGUUUGUGGCGCUAAACAAGAGAGGCAAAGCAAAAAUGGGGUCCAGUCCGAGAGUGAAGUCACAACACAUGUCUACACAUUUUUUGCCUAGGAUGAACUUGCAUGAUAAAUCUGAGCAAGGUUUCACAAUAACAGACAAAGAAAAGGAAAAACAACCACCUCCACAUCCAUCAAAGCCCUCGAUACCAAAAACCACCAUCAACACUGGAAAGAGGAAUCGGCCGGUGGUCAAGUACUGGCCAAAGUUUAGAUUUGGAUAG